AUGGGUUUUAAAGAACUAAGUGCUUUUAAUCUAGCUAUGCUGGGUAAACAGGCAUGGCGUUUUUUAACGGACCCAGGAUCACUUGUGGCUAAAGUUUAUAAGGCAAGGUAUUAUCCCACAACCAGUUUUACAGAUGCAACUAUUGAUGUGGAGCGAAUAAAUAUGAUCACUGUGAGUCCUGAGUAUGAGGACUCAUGGUAUUGGAUGAGUGACCCCAAGGGGAUAUAUACAGUAAAGAAUGCCUAUAGGCAUAUUGUGGGUGAUUAUGAGAAUAAUCCAGCAGAUUUUGAUAAAUGGGUUGCAAUGUGGAAAAUAAAAGUCCCCCCAAGUGGAAAACUUUCUUGUGGAGAGGCAUAUGUGACAUUUUGCCAACAACCCUAA